AUGAAGGCUGUUUGCGCGUUUGCAGUGCUGUUAGCCCUGGCUGUGCCGGCGGCCGCCUGGGUUGCCGAGGACGGCGAGGAGCACGGCGCCGAGGACCACCCCGCGGGGCUCUCGCGCGAGCAGGUGGAGGCCAAGAUGGGCAAGCUGUUCGGCAUCAUCGACGACAACAAGGAUGGGCUGAUCGUCACCGAGGAGCUCGAGAAGUUCAACAGCAAGAACCUCCAGAGGGUGCAGAAUAUGCAGCUCGAGCAGGAAAUGCAGAUGGUGGACAAGAACAAGGACGGCCUGAUUGACUUCGAGGAGCUGAGCCUGACGUUCCCUCCGGACGCGGGCACCCCCGACGACUUCAUGGAGGGGCUCAACCGCAGGUUCAACAUUGCGGACAAGGACGGCGACGGGAAGCUCACGAAGGCGGAGAUGCACAUCCUGCUGAACCCCGCGCACGACGAGGCGAUGCUCGAGCUCGAGAUCAAGGAGAUCAUGCUGACGCACGACAAGAACGGCGACGGCCUGAUCUCGACGGACGAGUACGCCGCGACCAAGGGCGACGACGAGAAGGAGGACGACUUCCUUGAGAUCGAGUUCAAGCCGUUCGACCUGAACGGCGACGGGCUGCUGUCGUCGCAGGAGCUGGUGCUCGCGUUCAAGGAGGAGGCCACCGAGGACGUGGAGACCAGCCUGGAGGACGUGAUCGCCAUCCUCGGCACCGACCCCGUCGACUACGCCAUCUGGAUGAAGUACGCGCUCGAGCUGUCCACGAGCUCCGUCACCGACCACGGCGAGCUCCUGAGGUUCCCCGGCGACUACGACCUGGACCUCUCCGACGAGACCCGGGAGCGCAAGGGCCAGGAGGGCGCGAGCGACUACCCGUCGUCCGAGCUGUGA